AUGACGAGCCUGAGCGGCCGCUCCGGCGAUGGCCGUGACCAGCGCAACCUGGGCGUCGAUUAUGUCAUCCACUUCAAGGUGCCGCCAAAGGAGAGAGCCGAGGCCGAGGCCGGCUUCGUCCGGCUCGUCCAGGCCCUGACCAACGUCGGCCUUACCACCGAAGUCCGCAACGGCGACAACGACUCACUGCUCAUCUUUGUCAAAAUCGCCUCCCAGGACCUCCUCAGCCAGCAAAUCUACCGAGCCCGUCUGCAGGACUGGCUCCACGGCGUUCGCAUCUCAGGCCCCGAGACGGAGGCCUCUCGCGCCUUCAAAGACGAGCCCGUCACCGAGGCCGAGCGCCUGCGCCUUGUCCACGACCUCAUCACCCGGCCCAUCAACGAGGGUGGCGCGGGCGUCGGCGAGGCAAGCCAAGGGAGCAAGUAUGUCGCGUCCGUCUUCCCGCUCCAUGACCAGCCCUUCAACAAGGCUUGGAUACAAAAGUGGAGCAAAAAGUAUAUCCUCGAGCAAGCAGACAUCGAUGAGAUCCGCAACAAGUUUGGGGAAAAGGUCGCCUUCUACUUUGCCUUUCUACGCAGUUACCUGCGCUUCCUCAUCUUUCCCUCUGCCUUGGGGUUCGCUGCUUGGCUGCUCCUCGGCCAGUUCUCCUACUUCUACGCCCUCGGCUGCGGUCUCUGGUCCGUCGUCUUCUUCGAGUACUGGAAGCAGAGAGAGGUCGACUUGGCUAUUCAGUGGGGCGUCCGCGGCGUCUCUUCCAUCGAACAUCAGCGCCCAGAAUUUAAAUGGGAAUUUGAGGCGGAAGAUGCGGUGACGGGAGAGCCCAGGAAGAUAUACCCCUUCGCCAAAAGGUUACAGACGCAGCUGCUCCAGAUUCCUUUUGCUUUUGCCUGCGUCCUGGUCCUAGGGGGGCUCGUCGUUCUAUGCAACUCUCUCGAGAUAUUCAUCAACGAGGUAUACGACGGCCCCUUUAAGCAGUAUUUGGCAUUCUUGCCCACCGUUCUGUUGGUCAUCUUUACGCCCGCAUUUUCCAGCGUCCUAAUGGGCGCGGCCAACGUAUUGACCGAGAGAGAAAACUAUGAGACUACCGACGCCCACAACGCUGCUCUCAUCCAGAAGCAGUUUGUCCUCAACUUCAUGACCUCUUACAUGGCUCUCCUGUUUACGGCAUUUGUCUACAUCCCCUUUGGCGAGAUGCUCGUUCCGCUGCUCGAGUUUUGGAAGAAGACGGCCCAGGCGGUGACAUUCAGCGACAAGUCCCUCCCGACACAGCACUUCCAGAUCAACCCCCAGCGCAUCAGCAGCCAGAUGUUUUACUUCACCGUUACCGCCCAGAUUGUCAAUUUUGCCACCGAGGUCAUUGUGCCAUAUGUGACCCAUAAGGCGGUUGUCAAGGCCAAGCAGUUUCACUCCAAGGGGACCGCCCAUGCGCAGGACCACGCCGAGGAAGCCGAGUUCUUGGAGCGAGUCCGAAACGAGUGCGAGCUUGAGGCCUACGACGUGACCGGGGACUACCGAGAGAUGGUCAUGCAGUACGGUUAUCUUUCGCUCUUCUCCGUGGCAUGGCCGUUGGCGGCCAGCUGCUUUUUCAUCAACAACUGGGUCGAGCUGCGCUCCGACGCCUUGAAGAUUGCCAUCAGCUGCAAGCGUCCCAUCCCGUGGCGAUCGGACUCCAUCGGGACCUGGCUCACGGCGCUCGGUUUUCUCUCGUGGCUCGGCAGCAUCACCAGCAGCGCCAUUGUAUACCUUUGCAGCAACACCCGAAACGGCUCCGGCGGGGCGGCGUCUCGGCUCACAGCGUGGGGAGGUCUCCUCAGCGUCCUCCUGGCCGAGCACUUUUAUCUGCUCGUCCAGCUGGCGGUGCGGUAUGUCAUGAAGAAGCUGGAGAGCCCGGGCCUGCAGCAGGAGCGCAAGGAGCGAUACUUAAUGAAGAAGAGGCUGCUACAGGAAAACCUGGGCAAAUACGGACUGGAGCGUUCUUGGGCGCCUGGGGUCGAGACUACGGACAAGAUUACGAGAGAGACGCUCGAGGAGGAAGCGCGUCAGUCCUCGAUCCGACGACAGGGAACGCCGGAGGAGAUGUUUUGGCAGCGCCAACGGGGCAUGGAUGACACAAUACUUAUUGGGCGAAAGCUGAUUGAGCAGGGUGCCGCCGACGACAAGACGAAUUGGGGCAAGCCGUCGCCGAGUCCCAGGGCAUGA